AUGGCAUACGCCCAGUGGAUUAUUGUUACUAUUGUCAACUUCUUGAAGUCUGGGAAGGACAUCAAAGUCAAGAAUGCCGACAUUAGCUGGGGCAAGUUCUGGGAUGGUGAGAAUAUGGACGAUGAGAUAUCAGCUAGCACUGUGAACGAAAUCGUUGUCGCCCGAGGCCAAGUCGAACAGGUGCAAGCGUGUGGGCGCUCCGAUGCCGCCUCAGGCACGGAGGGUACAUUUGAUAUUUACGACUGCAACAACAAGAGGAUUUGCCACGUCUCCUGGGACUGUCCCUGGGGCUCAAAGUCGAACAGUUUUGAGGUGGAAGUCGACGAUGAAGCUAAGUACAAAGUGAUUAAGCCAUCGUUUGUCGUUCGCAGUGGAGCCAUUGGCACAAUGCAGAUUUUUAUCAUGGAUAAUUAA